AUGGGUAAGCACUCAUGGAAAUCCCGAGAAGGAGUUGAAGCUGAUAAUUCUUGUAUCACCACCUUACCUGACGGAAUCAUCCUCCAAAUAUUGAACAAAUCAAUCGAUUUGAAAACCCUUUGCUUUUGUUAUCUCGUUUCCAAACGUUUCUCCUCGAUUGUACUUCAAGUCGAUGCCAUUUCCUUCACAGCUCCUUGCAUAGACCCUAAUAUUCCCCAUAAGAACACCGAAGGUGAUGUUGCCCCAAGCAUGCCGCUUCUGCCUAUCAUUUCUUUGAUUAUGGGCAACUACUUUCCAUCUGUCCUUGUGUUUUUAAGCAAGUUUAAAAGAGUAAAGUCCUUAUUUUUCGAAAUUCCGUCUUCCGGUGAGAUAGGUAUGGAUAAUUGUUGUUUGUUCAAGUGGAAGGUUAAGUUUGGGAACAGAUUCGAAUCGUUUAUGUUUCUGUGGCCGAAUUCAAUAUCUGAUAAAGAUGGAUUGUAUAUUACUGGAAACGAGAAUGAUGAGAAGAAAUUUGACAUUUCAUUUCAGUGUCUGAAGGAUGUGAUGUACAGGCAUAGUAUAUUCUUGUACUUCAUUGAUAAUCUACCAACAUUGGAAUAUGUUUCCAUUACUGAUUCAGGGAGAAGAGGGAGGCUUUCUCUGAGUGGGAAAAAACUCAUUGAGGUGAAGGAAAGUUUACAUUCAGCUUCAGAAACCGAGUUAAAUCGUGUAGAGGUUCCUGCUAAAGUGAGUAAGUGUUGCAUUCCCGUUUUGAAGUUGCCAGUUUCAGGGUACGUGAUGAACGGGGUAUUUGUUAUUCUAAUGGAGAUGAAAGAUGUCAAUGGUGGAAUUGAUGGUCUUAUGAACAGUGAAGAUGGUGGUUUUGAAGAUAAAGAAGAGGCUGCAUUAUAUACUGAAGCUGUGAAGGAGAUUUUGGAGAAGCAUAAGGGCAUGAUGCAGAGGUUGAUUUAG